UUCAUACUGCUUGCAGAUAACUAGAGCCCUUGUAGCUUGUGUGGGAAAUAAUCUGUCUAAUGGGCACUGGGGGUGUGGAGCACGAUGCCCAGCCAAACAUGCGUCAAAAUGCAGAAGCGGGUGCAGCAGGGUGAACCGGCUGAAAGGGAGGAGGUUUAAAAAGCCAUUUCACUCCUCCUUGAUGUCAUGAAAUGCUGCUUGAUGGAAGGGAAUAACAGCCGAUCCAGAUGUUACAGAACCCAGAAGGUGAAUGAUGCCAGUGGUCUCUAGGGAUGGAGUCCAACGGGUUUUUCUCACAAAUGGACGGGUCAGAUUGAGCUGGGAGGGGCCUGAUGUAAAGCCCCCCCCCGACGGAGGCACCAGGGAGCAUCUUCUGUGCUCAAGCUUCUCAUCACUAACGUCUGCCGUCCUGCCGAGGAACCGCAUCUGACUCCAUCCUGUCUCAGCGAGUAGCCAGCAGAGAGCGCGGAAAUGACUUCGAGGCUGGCCGUCUCUCUUGCCGUCUUCUUCCUGCUUGCGAGCAUAGCUGUCAUCAUUACUGUGGCAGUCAUCCAGGUUCACAAAACAAAUUUUUUGUCACCAGGCCUUAAGUAUGGGAUCGUCCUGGAUGCAGGUUCCUCACGCACCACCGUGUACCUCUACCAAUGGCCAGCAGAGAAGGAGAACAACACCGGGGUGGUCACUCAGACCCUGAAAUGCCGAGUAGAAGGUCCUGGGAUUUCUAGCUUUGGUCAGGACCCUGAUCAGGACAGAUGCACCUGGCACUCCAUGAAGGAGUGUAUGGCACAAACCCUGGAAACGAUCCCUCUAUCCCAGCACAAUUCCACCCCACUGUUCCUGGGGGCGACAGCUGGAAUGAGGCUGCUGAGGUCUAAGAAUGAAAGUGCUUCUGAUAAAAUCCUGCUGGACAUCAGGAGGUACCUGCAGAGCUUACCCUUCAGCUUUGGAAACGCCUCCAUCAUCUCCGGUGAGGAGGAGGGGCUGUAUGGCUGGAUCACCGCCAACUACCUGAUGGGGAACUUUGUGGAGAAGAACCUGUGGAAUGCCUGGGUGCGUCCACACGGUGCCAAGACCAUCGGGUCCCUGGACCUCGGGGGGGCCUCCACCCAGAUCGCCUUCUCCACCACCCCGGCUGAAGGGCAGGCACCCCCCGGGUACACGAAGGUGUGGCUGUACGGUUACGAGUACAGCGUUUACACGCACAGCUUCACGUGCUAUGGCAAAGACGAGGCGGAGAGGAAGGUUCUGGCAAGCCUCGUUCGGACGUCAUCGUCCAGCCAAGUGAAAAACCCCUGCUAUCACACUGGGUACAGCACCACCAUGUCCGCCGGGUAUAUCUUUGAGACGCCUUGCAACCAAAAGACCUCGAACUACAACCCAAAACAGCAGCUCACCUUAGUCGGGACUGGAGACCUGGGCCUCUGCCGGUCCACUGUGCGGGCAGCGUUUGACCUGGGUUCCUGUCAGGGCCGUUCCAAUUGUUCCUUCAAUGGGGUGUAUCAACCCCCUGUUUCGGGGGAUUUUGUGGCCUAUGCGGGAUUUUCCUACAUUACCGAGAUGUUUGGGCUCAAUCAGUCAUUCUCCUUGGAUGCCUUCGAUUCCAAAAUCCGGUCUCACUGCUCGUUACCCUGGAAGACAUUAACAGAAGGAUCUUCUAAAAAGGAGAAAUACCUGCGGUCUUACUGUUACUCAGCAAAUUUGGCAUAUGUUUUGUUGGUUGAAGGUUACAAAUUUAGCCCAGAGACAUGGAAUAACAUCCGGUUUCAAAAUGAGAUAAAUCAGAACAGCGUAGCCUGGCCCCUGGGCUACAUGCUGGCCCUUUCCAACAUGAUCCCCGCAGAAGCAAAGCUGGUGCAGCUACCCAUGGCAUCCUCCGUCUUCGCAGGGCUCCUCUUCAUGUUCUCCACGCUGGCCAUCCUCUGCUUCAUGUUCCUGGCCAUCGCCUUGGUGCGGGCUUGUUAUUGAAUGGCCACUAGGGGGCAGCACAUCAAACUCACCUCUUGGAAGAGCAGGUGCUAGGAACCUGCAUCCCGGACCAGCCUUGAUGAGUUCAAGGAAUGGCUGGUAAUCCUAAGAUUAAUGGCACAGGUCUGUCUGCUGGUUUGGUUUAUCGGGUGUUCAAUGGCAAAAAAGUAUAUAAAGCAGCGGGUAGGUGGCAAAUCUGGGAUUCUCAAUAUAAUUAUCGUUACCCUUGCUUAUGUUCUGAUAACUAUCAGCGUGUUGGACCAUGAUGACCGUAGACAUCGUGAAAUCAUGUUUCUAGACUGUACAGUGAAAUCACUCACUGCAGUUUGGCCCUGGCUUCCUGCAUGAGAUGCACUGAUGAGGACGGUAAUAGUUCCAGUGAAUGCAUACGUGCUUCCUUUUCCAUUGUAUUUAUAUGUAUGAACCAUUAUAUUGUAUGUCUGCGUAUCAUUGCACUGUAUGGGAGACCAACAUGCAUGCUUGUCCAUAGACAUGAAAUGCAUUCCCAAUAAAGUGAACGAUUAACCGUAAUGGAAUGUAGAAUGUCAUUAUGUAAGUAGAACAGCCAGUAGACAAGAAGAUGGAUAUGCAAAAAAGUAUAUAUUUUUCAGGUGGACCUGGAGCCUAUCCCAGGCAGAAUAAGACACAAGGCUGGUGACACCUAUGGCCGGUGGGGGGGAAAUAUGCCUUUAAACAUAAUACCUGACCAUUUCUCAGUGGAAGCAAACUCAUUAUGUGACCCACCUGCUGAACAUUCUGUUGGAUAGUCUGGGAUAUUUCAUCUUCUCAUCAUGGUCGAUGGUUCUGUCCGCUGGGUCUGAAAAUAUUUAUCAGUAUGUGUUUACAAGUGUGUGAGUUUGAAUGCCAUUUCUUCUCUUGACAAAUUGUAAUGCCAAUGAUGAGUUAUAACUGAGUAAUAGAUUAAUAAAAUGCAUGAAAUAUUUUGCCAGCGGUAAA